AUGCUCGCGGUCGCGCUGGGCGUGGGGCCGCGCAACUCGCUGCCGCCCAUAUACCUCCAAGAACCGACGGACAGCAUAUAUGCACAGACAGGCAUGCCUCUGGAGGGCGUGCCCGCAGGCAUGUGGGUCGUGUUUGAGCGGGUUCUCAUCAUCCGCGAUGUGUUCACGGGCGGCUCCAGGACGUUCGCCUCGCGGGAGGACGCCCACGAGUUCAGGGCCGCCGCAGCGGCGCCGCUGCUGCUGCAGCUACUGCUGCUGCUGCUGCUGCUGCUGCUGCUGCCGCUACUGCUACUGCUACUGCUACUGCUGCUGCUGCUGCCGCUGCCGCUGCUGGCGGCGAUGGUGUUGGUGUUGGUGUUGGUGGUGGUGGUGUUGGUGGUGGUGUUGGUGGUGGUGGUAUUGGUGGUGGUGUUGGUGGUGAUGGUGGAUUUGGUGCUCCUACUGCUGCCGCCGCUGCUCCUGGUGGUGGUGGUGGUGGUGGCGCCGCUGGUGGUGGCGGUGGUGGAUGUAGUCUUGCUGCUGUUGGUGGUUGACAAUGGCCUGCCACGCCCCGCGCGCCGCGAGGCCGUGCCGCGCACGAUCACUUUCCAGCGGAAGCGCGCCAACAGACGCGUGCUCAACGAGGAUGACCUGCUGCAUCUGCUGAGAAGCUAUGGGGAAGUCAGGGUGGUGGAGUUCAACGGCACAUCAAGCCUGCAGGAGCAGCUGCUGACCAUGCGCGGCACGGGGCUGUUUGUCAGCGUGCACACGUCAAACCUGGCCAACGCGCCCAUGCUGCAGCCGGGGUCCGCCGUGCUCGAGUUCAUACCGCGCCACUGGUCCUGGAUGGACAUCGACCGGUCGUUCAAGGAGCAGACGGCCAUCAUGGGCGACAUCCACCACUGGGCCUGGCGCGCCAACAGGCCCAACGAGAGCAUCCACAUUGACCAGAGGGACGCGAUCAAAUUUGCUCACUGGACCAAGGAAGACUGCCAGGGCUCAGAGGAGUGCAUCGAGUCUCAGACGAAAACCGACAUGCGGCUUGACCUCCGAGCAAUAAAGAAGCUUCUGGACGGCCGGAUGCCGCUGGUGUGGGCGGGGCGCGGCGUAAAAGCGGCGGAGCUGCCUUGGCCACCAGAGGCGCCGUGA